GUGUGUUAAAGCAACGCAAACUCUAGGCAACAGAGACUCUGCCACGCUGCUCCAGCACCCAGGUUCUUAAGGGUUCCAGCUGCUGCGCUCCUGCAGACACCAGCGGCACCAAAAUUCCAUGAGCUCCCAGCAUGAAUCGAAAAAAGCUGCAGAAAUUGACGGACACCUUAACUAAAAAUUGCAAGCAUUUUAAUAAAUUUGAAGUGAGCUGUCUGAUAAAGCUUUUCUAUAACUUGGUGGGUGAAGCAACAGAGCGGCCAGGGGCCGCCAUUGGACUAGAUCGCAAUGCAUUCCGGAACAUUCUACACAUGACAUUUGGAAUGACAGACGACAUGAUUAUGGACAGAGUAUUCCGAGGUUUUGACAAAGACAAUGAUGGGAGCAUAAACGUGACAGAAUGGGUUAAUGGAUUGUCACUUUUCCUUCGAGGAUCUUUGGAAGAAAAAAUGAAAUAUUGCUUUGAUGUGUUUGAUUUGAAUGGCGAUGGCUUCAUUUCAAAGGAGGAGAUGUUUCACAUGCUAAAGAACAGCCUUCUCAAACAGCCAUCUGAGGAAGAUCCUGAUGAAGGAAUUAAAGAUUUGGUUGAAAUAACACUUAAGAAAAUGGACUAUGACCAUGAUGGCAAGCUGUCUUUUGCAGACUAUGAGAAAGCUGUGAGAGAAGAGGCACUUCUUCUGGAAGCUUUUGGACCAUGUCUUCCUGAUCCGAAGAGCCAAAUGGAAUUUGAAGCCCAAGUAUUCAAAGACCCAAAUGAUUUCCAUGAUAAUAUGAACCCUUAAGUGUGUUUUGUUGCAAGUGAGUACCAAAAAACGAGUGCAUACCUAUUUCCUUCCUCUACUUACUGAAUGGUGCUUUAGGGUGGAGAUAAGGUUCCCUUACAUGUAUCACUUAACUCUAAGUGAGGUGCAAAUAACACAGGUAGGAAACAAGUUUCUCACUAGAUACAUACUGGGAGUGGCAAGAAAAGAUUUCUAGAGAUAUUUUAUCAUAGAUUAUCAGUACAAAACUGUCAUAAGACAUCUAGAUUCAUCAAAUGAUAGGGCAAAUUAUAUAAUCACUACAAAUACAUAUAUUAUUCGUGUAAAGUUUGGGCAUUCACUGAAAAAUCAUAGAAACUACUGAAUUUUUGUGGCAGUGAAUAAUUAUGAUAAUAUCAAAUGAUUUAAGAAUGCAUUUAGCAUUGAAAUGUCUUUACUGCUGAAUACUGGGUGAGAUACAGAUAGAUGAAGGAUAUACAGGACCUCCUUAAAUAUGAAAUAAACUAUUGUGUAAGGAUCUGCCUUACAAUUUUACCAACUUGUAUAUUUCUGAAGGCAGGGAUUUUAUAUGCACACAUUUUUAUUUCUGCCAAGGCAAUUAGUCCUCUGCAUAGAAAGGGCCCCCAGUGAACACAGCGAGCUGGAUUAAAAAUUGAAACAUAAAGAAGAUAAACAAAUCUUGGUGAUCAGUAAAAAAGGAACAUUAUGUUUCUUUGGAAAAUGCAGAGAUACUGCUUUCAGUUAGCCUCUGAAAUAAUUUUAGACUCUUCCCCUUCACCGAAGCCAGGUCCCAGAGUCUACGCUGCUGUGUUCCCAGUGUCUCCAGCCUCCCACUGUUUGGGGAAACCACACUGCAGCUUCAGCGUCCCUCUGCUAGCUAGAAUCCUUUUGUGCAUACUUUUAUCCCAAAGACAGAAAUUGCCUGCUCCUACAUCCAACCCUCCAGCAGAUGCUGCAGGCAUCAGGUGGCACAUGAGACAUUCAGCCUAGUUGGGUUUGUGCAGCUACUUUCUGCUUCCUUGGUAAACACAUGGAAGCAAGUGAAAGAAACAUAUAGCAUCUGUUUGCUAUGCAUAAAGACAUUUAGAUAGAAAUUACCUUUUGUGAUUACAUAUGUUUCUAAUCAAAAGAGUAUAUUAAGUGAAAAAUAGAAUAUUACUUAGAAAUGAAAUAAGGAAUUCUGUGAAAUCAAGAAAAACAUUUGCAGUGUAAGCAUUUUCUAUAUAAAUGGAAUCCAACACAAUUAUUAUUCUAUCUGCAGUAGGUAUAAACAACGCAAUACACAUUUUUAAAAUUGUUUACAUCUUUAUUGAGAGAUAGUUGACAAGUUAAAAUUGUACGUAUUUAAGGUGUGCCUCUUCAAGUUUUGAGAUAUAAAUGUAUCGAAAUAAUUGUCACUAUGAAGCUAAAUAGCAUGUCCAUCAACUCAUAUGUUUAUUUUCUCUUUUGGGGUGAGAUCUACCCCCCUUAGCAGUUCUGAGCAUCAAUAUAGCAUUGCUAACUACACACACAUUGUCUGACUCCAAAACUGGUUCAUUAUGCAUAGCUGGAAAUUUGUACCCUUCGACUUCAUCUCCCUGUUUCCACUCCCAUCCCACAGCCGGCAGCCUCUGUGUACACUGUGCUAACAAGAGCCUCACCACGGAAGAUUCCACAUGUAAAUAAGAUCACGUUGUCUCUGCUCUGUUCUGUUUUGUUUUCUGUGUAGAUUCUUAGUUCACUUACCACAAGUCUUCCUUGUUCAUCCAUGUUAUUGUAAAUGAUGCAAUUUCUAUUUUCAGAUUGAAUAAUAUUCCACUGUCCAUGUGUACAUCAGGAUCCCUACACCUCUUUACAUGUAUGUCAUAUUUUCAUCUAUUACUUCACUGACAGUCAGUUAUUUCUGUGUGGGCCUCUGUGAACAAUGCUGAAAUGAACACAAAGGCCCAGAGGUCUCCUUAUGACAUUGAUGUCAUUUCCUCUGUAUGUAUCUAGAAACAGGUGUGAGGGUCACAUGUUUGUUCUAUUUUUGGAUGAAUUUCUAAACUGUUUGCUAGAGUAGCUGCCCCAGUUUGCAUUCCCUUGACCAUAUGAAGGAUUCCCUCUCCCCCUCUUCCUCACCAGCACUUAUUGUCUUGCAUCUUUUUGGUAACAGGCAUUCGGACUGGGGUGAGGUGAUGUCUCAAUGCGGUUUUGAUUUGCACGUGCCUGCUGAUUAGAGAUACUGGACCUAUUUUAUAGACUUUUUGGCCACUUAAAUAUCUCUGAGAAAUGUGCAGUCAAGUCCUUUACUGAUGUUUUUAAUUAGAUUUGGGGGGUUUUGCCUAGGGUUAUAGCCACAGGUGCAAAGGCACAGUUAGGAAGUACACAGUGAACUCAGUGGCUUGAACUUGGGGCAGCUCCUUGAGUUGUGGUCAUCAGUUGUAGCUGAACACUGUGAAGUCAGCACUCAUGAAAGCAGCGUUUCACCAGCCCCCACCUUACCGGUGGCCAAAAUGCUGCAGCCCUCAUUGGGGAAGGCCGCUGAGUCCGGCUGUUACUCUCUUCUUCCACAGGGAGAUGUCACUGCUGUGGGGCUCUCCCUGUGUCUUAGCCGUGUUCCACUGGAAGGCAGGACAGUGUAUAUAAAAUAAUUCCAAUAUUUUUCAUUAGUCAUCCUUGAUUUUUGUGUUUUAAUGGGUUGUGGCAACUUCUUUGUUUUCCCCUGAGCUCUCCUAGAGCUGUUUAUGGGUCACUGUUAAUUAUUGCAUUUGUAGGGCACUGAAGGCUGCAACCUCCUUGUUCAUUAUCUUGCUGAUAUUGCUUCCUUAAUUCUAAUUUUUACCUAACUUUUCUGUUUACAAAUUAAUUGAGGUUCACUGAGAAAUACUCCAGAAAUGUUAAUAAGUUUUUAAAAAUAAAUGUUUAUAUUCUGAUGUAGGUUUGGUCUUUUAGGAGACAUUUGAAAGUGUACUUAUAAAGGUUCCUUUUUGUAUUGUGUACAUAUAUUUUCUCAGAUAAUCAUAUUGGAAAGAUAUUUUUGCAAGUUGCUUUCUUAAUGUAACAAUGCCUCAUGAGCGGUUUUUAAGUCAUUAAGUAUUUACAGUCUGGCUUGCAUUGUCUGGCUUGCAUUGUUGCCUCAGACUGUGUAAAAUCACUUACCUCCUACAAUAUUUUGGUUAUUGCCAUGUUUUGAAAUGGUAAACCAUUCUAAAAGCGAGCAUCCUACAGAUUCACCUUUUUCCAUGCCUCAUUACUUACUUUUUAGAGGUAAGAUUUUAGAAGUAGAAUUGCUGGGUUGCAGUCUCUGGAUGACUCUGAGAUUCCUAGGACACUGUUUAUCAUAUCAGCAUAGCCCAUGAAGGUUUCCCAGCCCUGUCCUGUCCAGUGUAGGAGAGCUCCAGGACCCUGUACUAGCAAGUAUAUGCUUCUCAUUGCCUCGCUGGAGCUGUGGAGCAUCUAUGAGCAUGAUUCUUUUCAUUUUAAAAAGAUUAAAAUAAAACAGAAGAGUAGGACCAAUAUAGAAUUUCAAAACAAGCUGACAGGAAAUACAAUGGUCACUAUGUUGCAUAUUGUUAUCUUCAAAAUAGUUAUGAGCAUCAUUUAAAUUUAUCAUUAGAUGAUGUACGUCUAAAACUUUUUAUUGUGAGUUGACUAUAUGUUGAUCUAUGUGUGAAUAACAUUCUUUUAUUAGUUUGCGGUAUUGAAGCCUUAAAAAAGGUUAACAAAAAUCCCUAAAUGAUGUCAAGGUGACUUGGUAUGUCACUUGUAAAUGACCAGGAGAACUCAGAGCUUCUGGACGCCUGAACAGACCGCCCCAAACAUCUGCUGCUCAUGCCCUCAAUGUGCCCAAAGCAUGCCCUGCUGGUGCGGUAUACACACUCAGAUUCUGUUGAUUUCACUACUGUAACAACUCAUAAAUGACUUUAAUGUGAACAUUGACUCAUUUGAUAAAGGGCCAUCUGUGUACACACAGGGUUUGUACUUUUGGACCAAUUGUACUUUUGUACUUUAGUAGGUUAGUUCUUUAGAGAACGGUAAGGGUUCUCUCCCCUCAGCCUGCUCCAGGCUUCACUUCCCGACUGCUCAGCUUGGCCCAAGUUCUCCCACUGUAAGUACAGCCAACAUAGAGUGCAGGCAUGGCUACCUCUGGAGUGGCUGCGUGAAAGCCUUGGACAGGCAGCGAAGAUCUGAAAAGGUGGCCUAGUGUGGCUUUCUCUUCAAUCCAAGAGCAGCAGAAAACUGGAUAGGGGACCUUUGAGAGAGGUACAUACCUUCCCACAGGCACAACAGAGAGAUUCUGUUUGGGAAACAAUCACGUACUUUUUUUAACUACAGGAUUUAAAAACCACCCCCUGAAAACUGGUAGUCCUGCAUUCUUAACCCACAAAUAUCUCUGUGUACAAGACUCCACUUGCAAGAGACCAGGCCUGCAAUUUCUGGUACCAUAAAAUCAUCCCAGACAUUCACUUGGCUUCCACUCUGUGCCAUGAGGAUGAAUGUGCCCUUCUCAUUCACGAUAGAAGUUGCAGUUCUGUAUCAUGCGUGGCUAAGUCUCCACCUGUCAUCAUUUGUGUUCCUUGUAGCAGUCCAUCUCCUCCCAUACAGUAAUACACAGUAACGCAAAGUAAUAUCAUUUUAAAUUGAAGACAGUUGACAAAGGAAGUUAAAUGUGGAGACAAUCAUCUGGACAACGCUCCUCGGAGCCGCUCUGAAUUCCCCAUAUUUUCAGAUCCUGCAUCAAAAGGAAACCACAGAAAGAUAUUCAUAUUUUUCUGGUGUAUUGAUGGCCCCUUCUGUUGGAAGCAGAUGAUCUUUUGAAGGGUUUUCCAGUCUUUAUUGUCACUGAAGAAGAAGACAAUCCAAAUAUAGGGUCCCUCUCAUAAGAUACGCCUCAGCAAUCUGACUCAGUUUUGUGGGAGACUAGAAAAGGAUUGGAAUGGAACCGUAAGGUCUCCUGAAUGAAACAAGGCAUCCUCUUGCAUUCAUCAGAGCCCCUGCUCUCAGUAGCAGCCAGCCACUCACAGAUCCAUCCCUGGUAAUUUGUGGCUUUGUGCAUACCUCCUGCCUCCUACCUAAUCCACCAAGAAAAUAUUCCUCCCCCUAAGACACACAUCCUCUUGUUUAUUUUUGCCUCCCUCCUGCCUGCUCAGCUUCACAGUGCCCUUAUUAUGUGGCCCCAGCCAGGCUCACAGAAAGCUCCCUGGGGUAAGGGCUUGUCAGCUAAAGGACAUUUGAAUAAAUUGGGUGAAAUACAGUCUGUCCUCCCUGUAACCCAAAGUGCACCUUCCCACCCCCUGUCUGCAUCUCUAAAAUCAUUGCAUCAGUGAAGGAGACCCUAAUCAAGCUGUCACCUACAUAAAGGACACUGUUUGUCCUGAGAUGCAGACCAGCAUAGCCAGAAGGAAGGUGAUUCCUAAGCAUUCCCUCUGGAGGGGCAUUUGGAAUGCGAGUCACCACCCUGUGGAGGACCUAUUAGCACAGGAGCAAAGAACAGUCUAGAACACUAACUAAAACCAUUUGGUCAAGGCAUCUUUAAUGAAUUGUUUGGAAUCAGAAAAUGGAAUGAAAAUCCACAAAAUCUUAACAGUACAUAAUACAGUCAUCCAAUGAACGCUUUUGUGCUAAGCUCUCCACAGGAAUUAUCUUACCAGUUCUCACAGCUACCAUAACAGGUAAUCAUGAACAUGGUUUUGCUAUUUUCAUCCUACUGAUUGAGAAAACUUUUAGAAAAAUCAAGAAAAUUUGCCUGUGCCCCAGACCGAUAACAAUCAAAGCUAACAAUCAGAUCUUAUUUACUUCUAACGUUAAAGACAUGUUUGCAGCAACUUCUGUUUUUAUAGCCACAUACCCCUCGCUGGGAAGUAAUUGAGUUCCCCAGGCUACCUGAAGAAUCUUCCGGUGGACUCUCAAGAUGGUGAUCACUGUGAAAGGUACAUGUAUUGUAAGAUUAUUGACACCUUUCCCUGUCCCCUAUUACCUAAAUAUACUUUGGGGUUUUCUUUCUUCAGGGGAAGCUUUCAGUUUGAAUGUAAAGGCUUUCAUGUUUAGUACUAAGAGGAAUGUGGACAUUUGACAGGGAUCUUGCUUUCCCAACAGUCUAGAUGUGAUGAACUCCAUGCCUUGGUCAUCAGGCUGUCAAAUGCUGGUGACUCCAGGGCUGGUCAACAAACUUCAGAGAGAGUGAAGAGAGGCUGAGACCACUGCUGGCUUGUGAGAACAACAACAGAAACUGGAUGGUGUGAGUGCUGCACCCACCCAGGGGCAGGAAGCCAGCAUACUAUAGAGAGAGGAAAGGAGGCAUGCUGUGCCCUUUGUUUAUCCUGUUUGCUCUUGUCACUUAUGGCCACUGUAAACUAUUGCAUCUUACUCAUGUCACCCUGCUUGGAGCCAGCUGAUUAUGGUCUGAAACCUCCAAAAACUGUGAGCUAAAUAAACAUUUCCUUCCUUCA